UUUCAGAGUGGGGGAGCAGAUACCCGCAUAUUUGCCGCGAGUAGAGCUAAAUCUUAAUCGAUAGCCUCAGCGUGAGAUAGCAAGGUGUAUUUGGAACGUGGAGCUGGUCGACACCUAGGCUGCAUCUUGGACAUUUCCGAAGCUAACAUUUGCGUAAAAACCAAGACACCAUGACGGACAGGAAGGCUGUGAUCAAGAAUGCUGACAUGUCUGAGGACAUGCAGCAGGAUGCGGUGGACUGUGCCACCCAGGCCAUGGAGAAGUACAACAUCGAGAAGGACAUCGCUGCCUACAUCAAAAAGGAGUUCGACAAGAAGUACAACCCCACAUGGCACUGUAUCGUGGGCAGGAAUUUCGGCAGCUACGUCACCCACGAGACCAAGCACUUCAUCUACUUCUACCUGGGCCAGGUGGCCAUCCUCCUCUUCAAGUCCGGCUGAGGGGGCGUGGUGGGGGUGGGGUCGAGGGCGGGGACAUCACUGUCCGUGGGGGGCGUGGCGUGGCGAGGCAGGCCGGUAAGGGAUAUGUGGGGGCAAAAUAAACCGACAACAACAACGAGACCCAUGCACCUCUUCGUCGCCCCCCUCCCCACUCUCUUCUCUGCCCACUCUUGACCCUCUCCACUACCUGGACUCGCUGACGCACUCGGUGGCUGUAGUUUCAUCCACCCACUUCAACUAUCAACAACAACAACGGCAUCUCAUUGUGCUGCUGGCUGUGCACAAUUGCAUGGACUGCAAAAAACAUCCUUAUAUGUGUAUAUGUUGCAGUGGGAAUUGCUUUUUGAAUUUUGUUUUUGUUUUCUUCUUCUUUCCCCUCCAUGUAGACCGAUGCCCAUGAGAGUAUGGAGGAAGUUAUUUUUUAAAUUAUUUGUUUCUUUUUCUGUUGUUUAACGGUCUCUGAAACAAGGGGGGAUAAUUUGUUAGCAUUGCAGUUGUAUAAAAAAAGAAAACGAAAAUGCUUUAAAGUGGCCUUUUUGAUUAUGGAGUCACACACAUUUAGAAAAAUAAAUAAAGGAGAGUUAGACUUAUACAGAAUGUGUUUGUAUGUGUUGGCGUUCCUUAUUGCGAGGAUGCAUUUGCUUUCAGUAAAGUAGUGCUGCCACUUUGAAGUGGUUCUCCCA